AUGGCGGAGUACGAAAAGUUGGGAGAUAUAAACGUGAGAAAUCAGUUCGUCGGGCAAACAUCUCAGCCCGAUUUUCAGGCCCCGAAACCGCCACCGCCCAGGUUCUAUCAAUCUCAGACGCCGCCCCCACCGCCACCGCCUCCGUUGUCGAAGACGCCGUUUUCAAGAACGCCAGUGGCAAAAACCCCGAUUCUCAGAACACUGACGCCAUCAAGAACGCCUACAAGGACACCUACGAAAACGCCAACAAAAACACCGCCUGCGGGAAAAAGGCCACGGUUUGAAACGGAUAAGUUAUCCUCGCAAUGACAGAAUUAAUUGGAGAGAGAAAAUUGAAAACGAGGAGGAAUCUCGAGUGAAAAGCGUUCAAGCGAAAUUUGUGACCAAAAAAAGAAAAUCGAGAGAUAGAGAACGAGGAAAAGUGCCUUCAAAGGAACUUGUUAAAGUAAACUUUUUCCUCACUGAUGAAACGUGUAUUCAACCUUUCAGUUGGAGAAGUCCAUGUUCUGCUACAAGUUUUUAUACUACUUUUGCACUUUGGCGUGGUUUUUCUUCUUUUUCGGAUUCGCCUACAGCUACCUGUGUCGUCUCGGAUACUUGGAUUCGCGGCCUUUCAGCGAUUUUCUACGAUACAAGAAGUCCCAUAAAAGCUAG